GAAUUAGAUCUAUCAAAUGAACCUCUCAGAAUAGUUGCCGAAGCCUUAGCUAGCCAGGCAUUUAACGAAACGUUUGGGAUAGCAAGUAUGUACUAGAUUGUGGGACCAACAGCCAGCUAGUUUAGCUAACGUUAGCUAGCUACUCUUUCACGUUUGUGGCCAGACUAUGGGAGAUCUUCCAGAUGUCCAGAUCACUCCUGAGACUCCAGGGAGGGCAGCUAUCCGUAACCCCUUCGAGAGCCCCAACGACUACCAUCGCCUGCAAGAAUCCGUGGUCCCCAGCCCCUCUGUCUUCAAGUCCUCCAAGACCUCCGGAACCACACCAGCCAAGUUUAAAUGGGACAUAGAUGAGAUGUCUAGCCUGCUCCCUGUGGACAUAGAUGCUGAGGAUAUCCACCGCCAGUCCUUGUACCUCAGUCAGACCAGGAUGGAUUCUGACAUCGAGGAGAAACGUCAGAAUGCCAUCGAGCAGUUUUUCACUAAAGGUGCCAUUGUGCCUUCACCAUGGACAGAACCAACAAGCAAACAGAAAUCAGCACAGGUGCACUUUGGGAAGAGUUCCAUGUCCCCACUGAUACUAGAAGAGCCACUACCAACUAAAAAGACCACAGUAGGCUGCCAGACAGUCCUGUCCUUACCUGUGGACUUCCACCUGGACAAAAUAUUAGGAGAAUACUACAGAUUGAAGGAGGUGUCUCAGCAGGAUCAGGUUCAGGAGACCCUGAGCUCCUCGUCUCUGAGACGGAAGUUGUUUUUGGACGGAGGAGGGGGAAGGAGAGCCCCUGGGGGAGGAGAUAGAGAUUUCCUCUCACCCAUGAGCGCCUCUCCUCUGUCCUGCCCGUUGUCUGGCAUGUCUGCCCUGACCCCCUCCACUGGUCUUUUCUCGUCCAGCCCUAUCCAGGGUCGUUACCGAACCUACAGCCUGGGAAGUGUCACCAGCCCCCUGUGCCCUGAGCGGUCUUCUCCUGCUGGCUUCCAGUCCCCUGCCCUGUCCCCAUCGGGCCCCCAGUUCACACAGACACCCGUAGCAGGAGAGAGGAGGAAGCUGAGCUUCGUGACCCCUGAAGGUGUUCCCAGACAUGGACAUCAACUCCUGUACAGAGAGCCCCUACGUAGACGGCUGUUCCCCAUCCACUUCUGCUCCUCCCUCCAGCCCCGGGCCGGAUUAGGUCAACCCUCAGCUCAGACCCAGAGCCCACUGCUGGGCCUCACCCCCAACCAUCUCCCCAACCCUUCCCUCCAGCCCCGGGCCGGACCCAGUGAAGAUGGAGGAGGAGGUGGAGGAGAACGGCGAGGUGGAAGUGGACCUCCUGUGGAAGAGGAGGAGGAGGAAGGAGGUGUGACUCCUGUUGGUGUCCGGUUGACCAGCUCCCGUGUGGGGGCGAGCGUGAUGGCCGCGGAGGCGUCUCAUAUGUUUGUGUCUCUGCUAGCUGAAGGAAGCAGCAUCCCUUAUGACAACAGCAUGCAGGUGGACAGUGGGUACAACACAUACGCUGGCACCGCCAGCCUGAUAGAUGCCACGAGUUCAGACAGCCAGAGUAAGGAGUCGUUUGACGCAGCACACAACCCCGACGAGGUCUUCCCUCACAGCAGACACACUAAGACCAAGACUGUUUUUCCUCAACACCCUUGAGUGAGCUGAUUGGAGGAGAACAUAAGGAAGCCCCUCCCACCUAAAGCCAAUGAUGAUGUUUUGCCAUGUUUUAAAGCAGCCGUGUCGGGGUGUAUUCAUUAGUCGGAUUCUGUUGGAAACCCUUUACUCUAGACAUGGAACCUACCUGAAUUUGUCCAAUAGAAACAAACUGUUGCCAAACGCUUUUGUUUAGAGUGAAUCGUGUACUGAAUAACAUCCCGGCUAAGUGACAAUGUUUAGAUGCCGCCAUUCGCACAAAUGAACCUUGAAAUGAAUUCCUAUUGGCGCUAGCUGUCCCUCGUAGUGGAGUUGAAAUGGCAGCCUAUAUAGUGCACUACUUUGGAGCCCUGGUCAGUAGUGCACUAUAUUGGGAAUAAGGUGCUAUUUUGGAAAACGUAGUGUUGACAUGAACAAGGGACAGAUGAAAAUUGACUCAGUUAUGUAUUUAUACAUUUUAUAUUCUUGUUGAUUGUGAAUUUAGCAUUAUUUUUAAUCAGUUAAACAAUUACGGGAAUGUGAACUGUGAUUGAGGAUAUUUAUUGUACAUUUUGUUAUAAAUAUUUGUAUAACUGCAGAGCUCCCCUUUAAACAAAGCCACCAUCAGCUGAUUAAAUGACAUGUUUUAUGAAUGAGUGUAACGUUCUGACUAGACCACUGAGACACAUUAAAUGUUGUACAACUGGG